AUGGCAUCUCAUCCCGACGACAUCAUCGCCUGGCUCGUCCCAACCACACAUUAUUCUUGGGCCGACAAAUCCACCCAACUCCCCGAAAACGCCUCUCGUAUCAUCUCAUCUCCGAAAUCACACCCGUUUCUCUCAUCUCGCCUCUCCAACCUCACAAACCAUGCUCCCGGGCGAGCCAUCCAACUCACAUUCUCACAACCUCCUAAACGACCAGGCAGCUUCAUCCUCGGCACGGAUCCGAGGACCUGCGAUAUUAUUCUACCCAGCGUCGAGGGUAUCUCGAAACAACACUGCGCAAUCAGCUUCGACGCACAGUCCAGACUGGUGCUGAGCGACUUUUCAGAAAGGGGAACGCAGGUGUGGUACGACUGGGAAAGCAACGGCGACAAAACCGAUUACUCGUGGAUUCUCAGCAGCGGGUGCUCUGACGAGUUCCCCAGUAUGGUGCAGCGCAUCACGGUUGACAUCCAAGGAGUGCGGUUUCAAAUCGUCGUAAACAAUCAUUCAGAUUGGAACACCUUCAGAGAACAGGUCGACAGAUUCUGUGAACAGCCUAGCUGGGAAGAUGCCUUCCCCUGGGUUGAUACCUCCUCAUUACUACUGUCGUCUGCCACGACUCCUUUCCAGCAUGUUGUUGUAAAGAACACAACAAGCGAACCGAUCGGAGAGGUGUAUCUCUGGAACUUGGCACGACCAUGGGAGCCGAUGGUAAAGGCAUCAGCAUAG